ACAUUAUUACGUAUUGAAUUCGCGACAUCUGAAGUCAUAAGCAUAGAUUAAACAUAUGAGGGCGAAAAUUGCGCCAAAAAUGUUAUUCAUAAAAGGUCCGCUCGUGGCAAAGGUUACUCGCUUGUAAACGAGUAUUUAGUGUAUUAUCUAUGGUUACUCAUUCGAAAUGUGUUCAAUAGUGAAGGCUUUCAUUUUUUUUAAUUUUUCGCUUUUAUGCGCGGCCAGCUACCACGAGCAGUAUAGAGUGCCACAGACAAUAUCAAAUAAUUGGGAAUCAUACGUCUUCAAUGGCAAGGAGUAUAUUCUACAUAAUCUGGGAGUUAAAUGGGAGAACGCUGAAAUUUUAUGCAGAGGCUACCACAAUGGAUCUUUAGCGAUUUUGGACAAGAAAGAGAUAGCGGAGUUCUUAGCUGAAGCAUUAUCGGAGUCCCAGUUCGAUAUAGAUUCAAUAUGGGUGGGCGCUAGAAGGGAUACGGCAGACGACCCCGAAGGCUACAGAUGGGCUCAAGGUGUGGAACUGAAACGGACUGAUGCAGACGUCCUUACGAGUGAGCUGGACGGCGAUAACCUGCAUUAUCCGAUUUGGGUGAACAGAACCGGAGUGCCAGUGCCCGAGGGAGGAGCAGAUUGCGUCGCUCUGGAGAGGGUGCAACACGACAGACCUGUGUUCCUAGAUUUACCGUGUGGUAUCGAAAGACCGUUCUCUUGUGAAAGAGAAGCGAGAGCUGAUAUCAGAGUACGGGAGUCGGGCAUUGUGAGAUGCAGGUCCGGAUUGUAUCACGUUUACAGUGGUCAAAUGGAUUGGCAUCAAGCAGCUACGCAUUGUAUUAUGAACAAGAUGAGCCUGGCAACUAUUAACUCGAUGAAGUGCUUGAAGAAACUCGGAUUGGCCAUGCUGAAGGCGAGGCCUAGUAUCGAGAAUGCGUGGAUCGGGGCGAAAGGGAGACUAGGUAAUUGGACGUGGAUCGAUACUGGCGCGUCCAUCAUACAGCCAACUAACGAGGCUGAAUUAAACAAUGAAAUAUGGCCGCCUUUAAGGGAUAGAAACAUGAAACAAAGCGGCUGUCUUCAACUCGACAGACACUCUGCGAAGAGUCCUUUAUUCUUGGAAGCUAGAUGCGAACGGAAAAUGCAAUUUAUUUGUUAUAAAGAAACACACACAAACCUUUCUACUGGAACAGCGCCACCUAGUGAUGACUUAUAUUACUACAUUUUGGUUCAACAAAAAUAUUACUGGCAGCACGCAUUUGAUAAUUGCCGUAAAAUGAACGGAAGCUUAGCGAAUGUUGAAAGUAAUGAUGUUCUAAUACAAUUACUUCUAGUUAUGGGAGAAAAUAAGAAUAACCCUGUGGAACACAUUUGGGUAUCUGGCCAUUUGAAUAUGACAAAAGACAUUGCAACAGACGCAGUAACAUAUGCCUGGUAUAACCCCAGUAACGGAAAACGAUUGCCGGAUCCAAAAUCGUUUGCGGAUAAUAUCGGAUUGUUUAUGCCGCCGUGGCUUGACACAGAAUUCACGAUGGACGCGCCUUGCUUGAAUUUGGACAGGCAAAAUCAUCUCUCAGCUUUAGUGUACGGUCUCGCAUGCGAUACCCCGCAAUAUUCUAUUUGCAUGAUAGAAAAAACUACAUGGACUACAGGACUACUAGAUUAUAUUAUGAAAAUUCCACCGAUAGACAAGAUGUUUGAAUACAGUAACCGAUUAUAAUAUUGUCUUGAUGACGAGAAUAUAAAGGUCGGAUCUACUUUGUAUAUUAAAAUUCGCUUUUGCGGAAUUCAGUUUUUGCAGGGUUUGAUAAUAACUAUUAUGUGAAUUAUAAAUUUUUUCAAACCAUUCUUAUAUUUUCCUUGGUAUCCGGACAGACUAUUUUGAUUGAAUAUUUAAAGUUUCAUGAACUUUUUCGCACAGCUGUUCACAUUCAGAGUAAUGAAAUGAAUUCAGAUGUAGACCUUUCCGCCUCUCGUCCUGAUAACAUAGGGACAUUUGCAAAUUUUCACAAAUAUGAUGUUACUUCCAUGCAUCCACACUAUUAUCUCUUGAUACUACAAUAAUUACAAAGCUGCUGAUGGUCAUCUAAUUACAUGUAAAGAGUAUUGUAUACACAUUAUUAUUUUUAAAAAGAUUAUGGUUUAUUACCAUUAAUUUUAAUGUAUAUUUUAAUAAAAUGUAUUCCAUUAAACAUA